UGAAACAAGGUCUAAAAUACAAACCACAGAAAUUAAAGCCCUGCGGAGUUUCUUUGACUCUAGAAGCUGUGCAGGAGUUGAAGUGGGUUCCAACGGAACAGGAGGUGCAUUCUGAAUUGUGAGGUGAAGCUGGGGGGCCAUGCUGCAAGCUCCUGUAUGGAGAAGCCCAUCUGGCAAGUAACUAAAGAAGGACCCCAGUCAACAGACAAGGGAAAAUUGAGCCACUCAGUCAACACCCUCCAGGACUGACACCUGCCCACACCUAUGUGAGUGGUCUUGGAAGUGGGUCUUCCCCCAUUGGAGCCAUCAGAUGGAACUGCAGCCUGGCCUUCAGCAUGACUGCACUCACAGGAGAGACUUUGAGCCAGCCACGCCUCGCUAGGCACCUCCAGACUUCAGACCACAGGAACCUGAGAUGGCUGGUGGGGUAGCAGGUGUCUCUGUUGAUUUGAUAUUAUUUCCUCUGGAUACCAUUAAAACGAGGCUGCAAAGUCCCCAAGGAUUUAAUAAGGCUGGUGGUUUUCAUGGAAUAUAUGCUGGCGUUCCUUCUGCUGCUAUUGGAUCCUUUCCUAAUGCUGCUGCCUUUUUUAUCACCUAUGAUUAUGUGAAAUGGUUUUUGCACACUGAUUCAUCUUCACAUUUGAUGCCUGUGAAGCACAUGUUGGCUGCCUCUGCUGGAGAAGUGGUGGCCUGCCUGAUUCGAGUUCCUUCUGAAGUAGUUAAGCAGAGGGCACAGGUUUCUGCUUCUUCAAGAACAUUUCAGAUUUUCUCUAACAUCUUAUAUCAAGAGGGCAUCCCAGGAUUGUAUCGAGGCUACAAAAGCACAGUUUUAAGAGAGAUUCCCUUCUCAUUGGUCCAGUUUCCCUUGUGGGAAUCCUUAAAAGCCCUCUGGUCCUGGAGGCAGGAUCAUGUGGUGGAAUCUUGGCAGUCAGCAGUCUGUGGAGCUUUUGCAGGUGGAUUUGCAGCUGUGGUCACCACGCCCCUGGAUGUGGCAAAGACAAGAAUCAUGUUGGCGAAGGCCGGGUCCAGCACGGCUGGCGGGAACGUCCUCUCUGCCCUGCACGGGGUCUGGCGCACCCAGGGGCUGCCAGGAUUAUUUGCAGGAGUCUUCCCGCGAAUGGCAGCCAUCAGCCUGGGAGGUUUCAUCUUUCUUGGUGCUUAUGACCAAACGCAUAGCAUGCUGUUGGAGCUUGGCAGAGAGAGCCCGUGAACCACACGCCCACAGCCACGCCUACAGGGGGCCGCUGUGAGCGCUCCCCCUCCUGCAGCCACGCCUUCUGGGGCCGAGGUGAGAGCUCCCCCUCCCGCAGCUGCUGGGCCCUCUGAACAUGCAGGCACUGAAGCCCAGUCCUGCAGGUCCACUCGGAGCACGACUUCCAGGCUACAGGCGACUGGGAUGAUGUCAUCUACAUAUUUGCCAGAAAAUUGAGAGAAAACGAUGCCAAGAGCAGUACUUUUAACAAUUUUCUCAGAACCCCUGAAUAAAGAAGUUUGGUGAUGCUGA